AUGGACCAAUUAAAUGCUCUAUUGGUGGCAGAUGUGCUGAAUUCUAAUAGCUUGGUAAUGGUCACAACCCAUGAUGAGAGGGUGCUCAUAAAGGCAGGAAUUAGUCAGCGUUAUUAUAAAUUGAAGGAAAUGAACAUAGAUCAUAGCAAGCAACUCUUCUGUUGGCAUGAAUUCAGUCAAUCAUGCCCCUCAAGUGGAUAUGAGCAUUUGGUUGACAGCUUUGUAAAAGCAUGUGCAGAUAAGGAUGUAAAAUACAGGCUUAAAAUUAGCUAUGAUGCACUUGACAGUGAUCAACAACAAAUCUUUAUGGACACUGUAUGUUUCUUCAUCGGUGAAGAACAAAGCAUGGCUAUUAGAAUAUGGGAGUCAUCCGGAUGGAAUUCUCUGCAAGCAAUUCAAAGGCUGGAAGAUAAAUGUCUAAUUGAAAUUGUUGACGGUGGCAUGCUACCUCUUUUCCAAGUUUGGAAGGGUGAUGAGUACACCCCAAUGCUGUCUUCAGAAUGCAUGACCACCUCCGUGAUCUGGGAAGAGAUCUGGGAAGAGAAAUAG